CCUGAGCGUGUCAUCACGUGGUGUGUUCAGUGAGAAUACUGCCGUGUUAUUUAAAUACUUCAGGAACAACGAAAUUAUUACAUUUAUCAUGCGUCCAUUAACGGACGAAGAGACGAAAACUAUGUUUGAAAAGCUCUCUAAAUACAUUGGAGAGAACAUCAAACUUCUUGUUGAUCGACCUGAUGGAACGUACUGUUUCAGACUUCAUAAUGAUCGAGUUUAUUACAUGAGUGAGAAAAUCCUUAAGUUGGCUACGAAUAUCUCCCGAGAUAAACUGGUAUCAGUUGGCACAUGUUUCGGAAAGUUUACAAAGACACAAAAAUUCCGUCUGCACAUCACGGCUCUCGACUUCCUCGCACCAUAUGCCAAGUUUAAGGUGUGGGUGAAGCCUGGCUCAGAGCAGUCUUUCCUGUAUGGAAAUCACAUUAUGAAGUCAGGACUGGGCAGGAUUACAGAAAACACUGUGCAGUACCAGGGAGUGGUGGUGUAUUCAAUGGCUGAUGUACCGCUGGGCUUUGGAGUCGCGGCAAAGACCACACAGGAUUGUCGGAAGGUUGACCCCAUGUCCAUCGUGGUUUUCCAUCAGGCUGAUAUUGGAGAGUACAUCAGAAGUGAAGACACACUGACAUAAGACCAUCACUCCAAAAAUCACAAUGGACAGUUCAUUUAAUUUAGACUAUUGGACAAUAUUUUACACAUGCUUGGAAAGAUCAGUGUAUAUAGUGCUGAAUUCAUAAUUCUUCAAUGCAUGGUUAGAGAUCA